AUGAACCAAAAAACUGUUUACCUUUCAUUUCUUCCAGGCGGAAUGGAGAUUCGUGAUAAUUUGUGCGAUCUAGGACGUAUGGAAAUUCCUCGCCCUCAAUUCCAUGGAAUGCAGUUCAUUGCAACUCGGGGAAAAUUAGGGUUUUAUAAGACAAUACGAGAAAAUGGCAGCAAAUACGGGGUGCAAGUUCGGGCUCAAGGUCCACGACGACCGGUGCUCAGCAACGACAUAUUUCUUAAGCCAUCCACGGUGAAAGAAGAAGCCGUAGAGGAUUCCCCACUUCCAGAAAACAGAAAUGCAAACCGCCCGCCAAUUUCCCGCGCCAAACCCAGUGAUCCUGAUCGGGAUAGAAAUAGCCAGAAUUCCAAGAAUGGCGUAUCACGAAGUCAGCCAAUACGAGUAGAAUUGGAGCCCGACUACCCAUCGGACUACGUACCGCCUCACUUGCGCAUCAACCAAGGACAUUCCAAAAAUCAAAAGACAACAAUGUUCUGA